UUUGGUCAUUUUAUUUAUUAUAAUUUAUUUACUACAGAAAAUACAAAACUAUGUAUAAGACACAAACUUGUAAGCCACAGUAAAUAUUAACUAAAACAUUUACAAAUUGAACGCAGAGUUGACAUUAGGUAACGCUCAAGCGAGUUAUCUUUGCUGCAGUUGCUCAUAGAAUGUAAAAAAGUGGGUAUUUUUGUUUUAUUCGCGUCUUGCAGUUAAAUAUUUUUAUUGUAACUUACCCACCUACAAACCUAAUACGUGGGAUAUUUUAGCUCGCCUUUCCAUAUUUAGCGAGGAAAAGUAAAGUUCUAUCACUAGCUGUGGUAUUCCAGUAUUUAAGGGAAGCGAGAUAGGCGCCGUGGUCUCGGCGAGCUUCGAGCCGUGCGCCGUCUACAGGCAGCUCCGGUGACUUCCACACGAACACGUAGUACACGGAGAGCAGGAUGGCUGCCAUCGACACCGACAGCAGACUCACACGUUCCUCCGUUAAAAGUUUCAUAUUAUCAAUUACUACGAUUACGAUAAUUAUUAAUCUACUGUUCACUAAGGAUAAAAGUGUCUGUCGAAAAAGAUAACAAGUUAAUUUAAAAAAAAAGUGAAUUAAGAAUGCCGGCUACAAUUCACAACAAUGUCGUUUCUGGUCCUGAAGAAGUGCUUAUUCCUGGUCAUCUAUCCUAUGGACAAUUUAUAUAUGAUAAAUUUAAACAAGCCGAGAAUAAAAUUGCUCUGAUAAGUGCAGAAACAGGGGAAAGUGUUACAUACAAGUAUAUAUUGCAAUGCAGUGUUAAUCUGGCAGAAGCUCUCAGAGCACUUGGACUGAAAAAAGGAGAUGUAGUGGCACUGAGCAGUGAGAAUCGGUUCGAAUUUGUGGUAGCGUCUCAUGCUGUGAUCUUUUGUGGUGCUAUAUUGUCUACUCUCAAUGUCACUUAUACACCAGGAGAAUUAGCACAUAUAUUACAAAUUAUAAAACCAAAGUUUAUAUUUUCAUCGCCAAUUAUUGCUCAAAAUCUAUAUGAUUGUAGCAAAGAUCUAGCAUUUGUUAAAAAUAUUAUAUUAUUUGGGGAGUAUGAUGUUGUGCCAUCGAUUUUUUAUAAUGAGCUUGUUAAGAAGCAUGUGGAUGUAGAUGACUUUAUGUUGGCUGAUGUAAAUGGAGCUGAGGAUCCUGUAGCUGUUAUGUGCUCUUCGGGCACCACUGGCCUGCCUAAAGCUGUAAUGCUUACGCAUGUUAAUUUUCUUACAUUAUCUUCCCAUAUGAAGUACUACUUAGCAGCAUCUCAAGGGAAGAAAAAGCAGGUUGUUAAAACAGGACUAUCAUUGAUACCAUGGUUCCAUGCAUAUGGCUUCAUCACAACAAUGGCAGUCAUGUGCAUGCAUAUUGAAGUAGUAUUCCUCAUUCGUUUUGAUGAAGAACAGUUUUUGGAAACUAUACAAAAAUAUAAGGUUAAUAUGACAACUAUAGUCCCACCAUUAGCAGUAUUCUUAGCAAAGAAUCCACUAGUCACAAAAUAUGAUCUAAGUUCUCUUACUGAAAUCUGGUGCGGAGCAGCCCCACUGUCCAGUGACAUACAGAAAAUGGUCUGCCAAAGAAUUGGUAUAGACUUUAUAAAACAAGGUUAUGGGUUAACAGAGGUGACAAUGGCAUGUUGUGUGGACUUAACAAGCGGAGAAAAGAUUGGCUCCUGUGGAACUCCUGCUCCAGGAAUGAAGAUUAAGGUUAUAGAUAUUGAAACUGGCAAAUUAUUACCUGCAAGAGAGAAAGGAGAGCUGUGGAUAAAAUCACCUUUGCGUAUGAAAGGUUACAUGGGGGAUCAGGCAGCCAGUGAUGCACUAAUUGACUCGGAAGGUUAUGUGAGGACCGGAGACAUUGGAUAUUAUGAUGAAGAUGGAUUCUUCUACGUCGUCGAUCGUUUAAAAGAGCUUAUUAAAUAUAAGGGAUUUCAAGUGGCGCCGGCGGAGCUGGAGGCGCUGCUGCUGCAGCACCCAGGUGUGGCGGAGUGCGGGGUGGUGGGGGCGCCGGACGAGGUAGCGGGCGAACUGCCCACCGCCUUCGUAGUGCGCCUGCCCGGCUCUGACGUCACAGAGACAGAAAUUGUGCAAUAUGUAGCCGGCAAGGUAUCGCCGGCAAAGCAUUUACGUGGUGGAGUAAUAUUCGUCGACGAUAUACCAAAGAAUGCGUCCGGAAAGAUAUUACGUCGCGAACUUAAGGCUCUAUUACCAAGUAAUAUUACAAAAAGUAAACUAUAGGCAUAAAUAGUAAAAUUAUAGUAUUAAUUGCUAGUCUCAAAUGAUUGUGUUAUUUAUAUCAAUGUUUUUAAUUGAUUUUUUUUUUUGCCAAGGUUAUGGAAUUUACAAAUGUUACAUGUUUUUAUGAACCAUUGUAUGGUGAUGGUUUUAUUUUUAUACCCCCAUUGUUAUAUAUUACAUUAGUAAUAAAGUAAUUUAAAAUAAACGAAAAAUACCUCUACGAAGUUUUGCAAUUUGUUUAUAUGCAGUAGUAAUAAAACUAACGAGAAUUUUGGGCCAAUAAUUUAAUGCUAUCUCAAACUCGCUAAUAAUAGUUUAUUACUGCUACAAAAAAAGCAGUCAUGACAUUUUAUUUUAGAUAAGAACAUUUUUACAUUCCCUGUUAAAU